AGAGUUCAACCUGCCCGCCUUCUGGAGGCAGGAGAAACAAGAUGGCAGAUCAACAAGACCUGUCUUAGUUAAUCUAACUUUUCCCACUGUUGAUUUCUACACAUUAAAAAAUAUAUACAAUUAGCUAGACAAAGCAAUCUAGCUCCCACGCCUUUUUAUGGUUGAUAUAUCAGCUACCAAAAGCGAGAUUUCACAGAUUAGCUGAUUGCUAACUGCCAUUAGACAGCUAGGCUAGGCUAAGCUAGCUUGUUUCUGUCUGGUCGGAGCGGGGUUAGACUGCUAAGCUAGGCUAGCUUGUUUCUGUCUGGUCGGAGCGUAGUGAGACCUGCCAUCAUGCAGGACCUGAUAGCCACCGUGGACCACAUCAAGUUUGAUCUAGAGAUAGCUGUGGAGCAGCAGCUGGGGGCUCAGCCUCUCCCUUUCCCCGGGAUGGACAAGUCCGGGGCUGCUGUGUGUGAGUUCUUCAUGAGAGCAGCCUGUCUCAAAGGUGGGAUGUGUCCGUUCCGUCACAUCAGUGGGGAGAAGACGGUGGUGUGUAAACAUUGGCUCAGAGGACUCUGUAAGAAGGGAGACCAGUGUGAGUUCCUACACGAGUACGACAUGACCAAGAUGCCCGAGUGUUACUUCUACUCCAAGUUCGGAGAGUGCAGUAACAAGGAGGAGUGUCCGUUCCUCCACAUCGACCCAGAGUCUAAGAUCAAAGACUGUCCCUGGUAUGACAGAGGCUUCUGCAAACAUGGUCCAGACUGUAGACAUCGCCACACCAGAAGAGUAAUCUGUAUGAACUACUUGGUUGGUUUCUGUCCAGAGGGCCGGUCCUGUAAAUUCAUGCACCCGCGGUUUGAGCUGCCGAUGGGAGCCACAGAACAGCCUCCUCUACCAGCACAGAUACUGGGUCACCAGAAGCCGAUGCCUUCGCUUGGCCGCUCGUCCCUGUCACUCAUCCAGCUGACCAAUCCCGGGGGAGGUGCAGGUCCUCACCAGCAUCAACACCAUCAACGCCAGCCAUACUCCUCUGGUCCCAGCAUGCAUCAGCACCACAACAACAUGGGAGGAGGGAACAGGGGUCCACGCCCACUAGACCAGGUCACCUGCUACAAGUGUGGUGAGAAGGGCCACUAUGCCAAUAAAUGCACCAAAGGACACCUGGCCUUCCUCAGUGGACAGUAACUCUCUCACAACGCCGUGGUUGGACUCCGUUCAGCUGGAAGACAGCGGAGAGCAGAGCACAACGUCUGUAGAUUGAGAUGCUAUUUUGAAAACUUCCAAGUCCUUCGCUGAGUCGUCAGGAACCCUGGACCUCUGGACAGACAGACCUGUUUCUAGAUCGGACAGACAGACAGACCUGUUUCUAGAACGGACCGACAGACCUGUUUCUAGAACGGACCGACAGACCUGUUUCUAGAACGGACAGACAGACCUGUUUCUAGAACGGACAGACAGACCUGUUUCUAGAUCGGACCGACAGACCUGUUUCUAGAUCGGACAGACAGACCUGUUUCUAGAUCGGACAGACAGACCUGUUUCUAGAUCGGACAGACAGACCUGUUUCUAGAACGGACAGACAGACCUGUUUCUAGAACGGACAGACAGACCUGUUUCUAGAACGGACAGACAGACCUGUUUCUAGAACGGACAGACAGACCUGUUUCUAGAUUGGACAGUGCUUCUGACGCUUUGAUCAAAUCCUUCUGUUGGAUUAACCUUUAACCCCGGGACACUUUUGGGACCCAAGCUGGGAUUGGUACUUCUAUCCAUACAAUUCUGUCAGAUUGCUUCAUGUGCUUCAGGGAGGGUAGAGGAAGUGUGUAACGGAGCCAACUGUGGUUUAUCUGAAGCCUUGAUUUUGGUUCAUCCAUGGACUCAAACGUUGAACGAUUCGACCCAGGUUUCGAUCAACAUAUUGGAACGAUAUCCGAUCUUCAGACCUUCUUGUAUGUGAGUGAAGAGACUAGUAUACAUUCUAACCAAGGGUCUGACCUGUUGUUCAUCCUGAAUACCCCAUUUUACUGGCUUCAGACUCAACCUUCAAUGAAUUGAAAUAGAACUCUUGAGCUGUGAUGUUGCUGUGUUGGAUCCUUUCACAGCUUUUUCCCCCCAGAGGAGGAGGAGGAGGAGGUGGUGAGAUCUGGUCUGACCGAUCUGUGUUGCCUUUUGUAGAUUACACACAAUUUCAGUAUGUUCUAGUUUUGUAAAAAUACAACAAACCUGUUCAGGUCAGUCUCUUGUUCCUCCUGGUCUAGUCUGUAAAAUACAAUAAACCUGUUGCUCCUGGUCUGUUAAAUACAAUAAACCUGUUCAGGUCA